CCUUCCACUCUGAAUCUGCUCAUACUGGGCUGUUAGUUGCAGGAGAGAGCUAGCGCAGAUCGAUGCUGCCUUUUGUCUCAUGCUCCAACCAUCAUAUUGAGGAACUGCAGGAAAACAAGAAAAGGACAGGUUCACCUUUCAUACCAAAGUGGAUGACUGGAUUGUAACUACACUGGUGUCUUUCAAAGAUGUCCUGACUUGAAUCUUUUUGAAAAAAAGAAAACACAUUGCCCAUGCCACUAUGUCUGGAUUUGGUCCUUCAGCACUUCUACCAGAAGACAUCGGGAAUGGAACAUUCUUGGAAUUGUUCCCUACCUCUCUCUCAACCUCAGUGGAUUCCUCAUCAUCAACACCCAACCGUUUAUCAAACGUUUACGUCUACGUGUCCAUCUUUCUUAGCCUGUUGGCCUUUCUUCUUUUGCUGCUUAUUAUAGCUCUUCAGAGACUAAAAAAUAUCAUAUCCUCGACGUCAUCUUAUCCUGAAUACACAAGUGACGCAGGGAGCUCCUUCACUAACUUAGAAGUUUGUAGUAUUUCUUCCCAGAGGUCUUCUUUUUCUAACCUUUCUUCAUAAAAAGAGAUUAAACUGAAUUCUUAAAGACAGGAAACCUGAAAUUCUUGCAUGUGGAUAACACCUUUGAAUCUGAACAUACAUCCCUUAUUCUGUUUGAUAUGAUGCUGCUUUUUAGCUCAAUUUUGCUUUUGUCAUUUAUUCGUUUUGUCUGCUCUGUGCCCAGUUUCAGUCAACGUGAAUGUUUUUUCAUGUUAAAUUAACUUAUCAAGCAAAUGUACUCUCUUUAAUCAGGACGCUCUGG